GGAAACCAGGCGUUGUUCUUCCUGAUGGUGCACACGCUGACGUGAAAUCUUGAGCGCGCAAAACAGCUCCGUCGAGUUCUCUUGCUUGUUACAGAUUAUUAAGGCUUAUAUCCUAAGUAGGGAAGCCCAACUACUGUCAUGGGGCGUCGUUCCAUCAACACGACCAAAAGUGGGAAGUACAUGAAUCCCACUGACCAAGCACGGAAAGAGGCUCGAAAAAGGGAAUUGAAGAAAAACAAGAAGCAGCGGAUGAUGGUUCGGGCAGCUGUCCUCAAGAAUAAAGAUCCUCAUCAAAUUAUUGCUGACCUCGAGAGCAUCGACCACAUGGAGUUCAGUGUGGAUCAUCCUCCUGCCCUGAAUGAGAAGGUGUUGAAGGAAAAGAGGAAGAAACUCUGUGAGACACUUGAGAGAAUUGUGAAGCUGUAUGAGAAGGAAGACCCAGAAAGAUGGGCUGAAAUUCGUCGCAUGGAAGCUGAAUAUGAAAAGAAGAGACUCCAGAUGAUGCAGUAUCAUGAGUCAGUGAAGUUUGCCCAGCAAGUAGCUGUAGAUGAAAUCCCACUUCCAUCAGUAGGCAUGCCAAUGCCAAUGCCAGCUCAGAUUCCUCUUCCUCCUGUAGCAGCUGAUGUACCUCAUAUUCCCUUUCCGCCUGGACCAGGCAUUCUGAAGCGAACUGGAGAGAAAGCACUUGGAGAGGAAAGAUACAAGGAACCACCUGGAGUGCCUUCUGGACCUCCUCCAAUUCUCAGUGAUGCUGAGGAGGGUGGAGAGGAGUCUUGGAGUCAGCUUGAUGAUCAGGAUGCCUAUGAGGGGGAGACAGAAGUAAACCCUCCAGUCCCUGGAGAGGAGAGGCAGAAGAGAAGAAAGAUUCGUUUUGCUGAUGAGAAGAGAGAAGGGAGAGAUGAAGGAGAGGGAGAAAAUGAAGGGGAUAAGGCAAUACCACCCUCUAGCAUUCAGCAAAAGAUGCUUACCAUGGCAGGGCAAGAUAUAGAUGAGUUCAUGAAAGAGAUGGAAGCUGUUCAUCGGGAAAGGCAAGCCAAGAAGGAUGCUGAGCUACGCUCUCGAUUGAGCAGAGUUGGAGAAACUCCUGGUCAUGGACAUAUUCCUCCGCCACCCCCACCUUCUAUUCCUCCACCUGGGAUGAUGUUCAGAAGUUUGCCACCAACUGGAUUGCGAUUGCCACCAGGCCCACCUCCUGUUCCGACUAGAAUGCGUCUACCACCUGGUCCUCCACCUGGACUCCCACCACCACGACUGGUUCAACAUCCACAGAGUGUGACAGCAACAGUAUCAGGAUCCAAUCCAAAUGUAUUAAGUGCAGCUCCCAGGCUUAUUAAGCGCACUGAAGGGGAAAUGAAGACCUCUGGUCCAACCAUUGAAGCCAAGCCUCAACUCAGGCUGCAUCUUGUCCUACAGCUUCAGAUGACCGAUGUAGCUAAGUAUCAUGACUUUGCCUUCCAGCCCCUGGCAUGGCUUGAGGUUGAUGUCCAGUGGUUUUCCAACGACCUAUGGACCAGUGAGGCUCAUUUCAACCUCAGUGAUGUGAACCCAAAAAACUGCAUUUGUUCAUCUAUCACAAACCCUUAUGCUACUGUUCAGCAACCACUUCAUGACUCGAAAGUGAUGGUGUGGCAUGGAUUCACAUUUGGAUUCAUUCUUGAACCAUACUUCUUUGUAAAGGCAAAUGAGACAGGACAGAAAAUGGUCACCAUUAUAGCUCCUCUUUAUCAUGACCUGCCAAUGACCAAAGCUAUUUCAGAACUGCAUGACUGUGGGGUGAUUGAACAGAUAACCUUUAUGCAAUAUAAUGCUCUACCCAACAUUGCCACCCAUUCCAAGCAAAUUGGUGACAGUCAACAAAACCUGAGUGCAGAGGUGACAAAGUUGGUUCCAACAGCAUUGCGAGUGAAGCGAGAAGACAAGUUUGGGCUCACAAGGCAGAGGACAUUGCCAUCUUCUCUCAGAGGGGAUCGAGAACUUCGAGCUGGGGAAAGAAGGUCAUCUACAUCAAUGAAGUCUCUUGGCUCCAAGGACGAUGCAUAUGUUCAGUUUAUGAAAGAAAUGGAAGGGCUCAUGUGACCUGUAAACUCUUCUCUCUUUUUCUCUAUUGCUUCAUUUUUUGUUAUUGGUAGGAUUCUGUCUGUGCAGGAGACUUGAUACCUUUGUGCUUUUUCAUAUUUGGCAGGAGUGUGUAUGUCAUUAUCAGUGAAGAUUUAGUGAAUGU